AUGUUACAAUACCACCGGAAACACUUCUGGAACGUAAACACGCUGUACAACGUGUUUCGUUGUAAACUCAUAUUUUGGAGGUUGUUUGUAAGAAUAACAUUAAAGAUUCCAGAUAGUGAUUUUUGGUAGAAUUGUCAGUGAAUUGUCCGCGUCCAGACCUCAUUGUUUAAUGCGCUAAGCACGCCAAGAAACCGGUGAAUAUGUUGUACUAAUAGCUGCUAGCUUCGUAUUUUGCUAGCCAGCGUGGUAGCAUCUCACAAUUUAAGAAUUGUAUUCUUAUUGAAGUUAACAAGCUAGCGACUGGUUUAAGAUUGCUGCAUAUUUGCUGGCUGUAGGUAUGUCCGAUGUAAAAUGUCGAAGCCUGCAUUAUUGUCGCUUCAUCAAGCACUGAAAAGGAGCUUUCAUUCAUUGGAGCAAAAUCAGAAAGUGUGGAAUUCCGUGCUGGAAGAAUGUGGACCUUUAAUGGGCUCCCUGUGUAACCUCGCCGAGCAGCUACUUGCCCUCAACAACGUGCAGAUUUCAAGCACGCCAUUGGCUCGGUUCCCUAACCUGCAAGAUCGCCUCCGUUUCAAACUUCUGGUGGCUGUGGACACAGUCCUGGAGAAAAUGGCUGAGAAAAUGUGUUCCUUGCAGAUGGUCAGGGAUGCAGUGGGGAACAAGGUAACUGCUGCGUUCCAAGUGUACGAGCAGCACGCAGACACUCUGGACCUGUCCGCCUGUCUGCAGAGGUCAGCCGCUGCCCCCUCCGUGGCAGACAUGCUGGAGUGGCUGCAGGAUGCAGAUCGCUACUACCGGCAGCAGUACCUGAAGAGAAAGGCACUAUUGCAGGCACUGAAGUCCAAUGACCACUCUGAUCUGCAGAGUGCACCCAAGAGGUGGGAGGCUCUGGCCAUGCCAGAAGAAGAGGACAGUGUCUCAGACGCGCUGGCCAGUGUGUCUUUUUUCAUGGACUCUCCGUGAAAGUGUCACAGCUGCCACUGGAAGCAGCCGGCCUGCCACAAGCACAGAGCCUUACAGCCGGUCCUCACAGCCCCUGCCGAGAGGAGUGCUGCUCUAAGACACGGACUGGAGGACAGUGGGAGGGAAGGAAGAUAUCUGUUGGAGAAGAAGGGGGUGGAAUAUGCCUGGAGUCAGGAGUGUCCUUAGCAUGUGGCAGAAACUAAAGUUGGGGGCAGAAAAUUGCGGAAACAAUACAUCAGAGACCAAGAGAGCCCACAAAGAUCCAAAGUAACCAUAACCAAAUGUCUGUUAUUUCUCUCCUAAAUGUCUCAGAAUAAUGUGUGGUUGCUUAAUCUCCUUUACUCAUGAAAAUAAAUGGCAAUUCAUUUUAUGAGCAUCUUGCACUUGUAAAUCGCUUUGGAUUAAAAGCGUCUGCCAAAUGACUAAAA